AUGGCUUCAGACCUAAAGCAAUUUGAGGAGUUGGAUAAGCAACUAAAUCAAGACCAAAGGUUGGAACUUGCCACUUUCUUCAGCGGUUUUACUAGAAAACUGAACCAAUUGACCUAUGCCGGCUUCCUAGGUGGUUUGGUUGCUCCCUUUAUCUACCGAUAUGCGAAACAUCGGACCACUGUAGGUGUCAAUUUUAAGCACAGUAUCCUUUUGGGAAUGCUUGGAAUGGCAGCUGCUCCAACCCUUUUGGGCCCCGGAAUUUAUGAAAAGAGGUGCCAACAACUGAGAGAUAAAGACGUGGAGUAUAAGAUUGCUACUUUUUUCCCCUUCUACUUUUCCAUUCACAACUGGAAUUAUUACGCUAUAACGGCGAAAGACCCCUCUAGAGCAAUUGAGUUUAGAGGAGCCAAUAAAGACAAGAGAAAACCUGGGCUUUUAGCUAGUGGUGAUUUAUUCGGAAUAAAAGGUGAUUCUGAAUCGGAAGGUUAUCCUCAAUGGGGGGAAAAAUUGUGGAAGGACACCAAUGAGGAUAAUCAGAGCGAUCAAGGUGAUUACGAAGGUAGAACCACUGGUGAUUACGUUGACCAGGAAUCAAAGGUUGUAAAGUCCUCAUCAUGGGAAAAAAUCAGAAAGGGAAAUGAAUAG